AUGCCGACCCCGGCAAUCCCAAGCCCUGGGAGCAACCGGCAGCUAUCUGCUGAUCCGGAAGCGGAGCCGAACUUGGAGGCAUCCGAGUUCCGGAGCAUUGCCAUUGAGGUGCCCCCAGGCCACAUUCAAGAGGUGGAAGAAGGGCUGCAGCAACUUCGUCAGCAGUUCGAAGCAGAGAUGCAAAGCAUCACGGCACGCUUGGGGACCGUCGAAAGACAGCUCGGCGUUUCAGAGACGCAGAAUCCAAGCUCGCAAGCUGCAUCGCCGGACAGCUGCUCUGCAGACGAGAUGGAAGCUAGAUCAACGCCCGUGCGCUUUGAGGAGAAUGCUUGGAACAUCCCUUUGGUCCUUGGCCUGGCAGAUGUGGGUUGGUUUGACAACGUCUUUGCAGUGCUGCCGGUGCUGCUGAACCUGCUGAUGCAAGGGUCGUUCACACAAAUUCUGUUGUCGGAAUACUUCAUGGGUGAUCCGUUCGAGACGAACUUGCAGAGCGCGAAGACGUGGCGGACCAGUAUAGCUCAUGACUCUCGUUACCUGGACUUGGCCGGAACGAGCCUGGUUUCUCGAGUGUGUGCUGGCGAUGGGUCCUUAAUCCUGUCCACGGUCCAGGCCACGCUUGUUGAGCAAAUCAACGAUUUCUUGGGCUUGCAGGAAACCGAAUUUGCAUUCAACUUCUGGCAGCCGGGCACUCUCCUGUGCUUGCUGUGCAUUCUGCUGUGGAGCCUGUGUGUCUACAAGGACAUCGGGUCUCUCAUCUUCGUCCAUGAACUAACUGAGUUCCGGAAGAUCUGGCAUGCACUGGAAGCUGCCAUUUCCCUCCCCAAGGCCAGUGCGACGGACUUCCGCGACAACACGAUUCACUGCCUGUCCUGGGGUCGUGCCCUGGCGACAACGUCCAUUGAGGAGCUGAUGCUUAACUCGGUUGCUUUGAACGCCAUCUUGGAUGUGGAUGAGUUCCUCUUCGAGGGCAUGACGCCUAUCAAGAUUCAGCACGCGAUACGAAGUCUCGAGCCCAUCAGCGUUAAGUACUCGCACCGGCGCAGCCAGGUGGAGUCCAUGGUGCAUUUCCUUGCGGUGCUAGCAACGGUCCUGGCUUCGUAUCUGUUCCUGCUCGUGCCUCUCUGCGAAACCAUGAUGACAGUCAAACGCGAGCUGUGCGAUGGCCAGAGAGACUUCGUGGUCGCGUACAGCACGGAGACGCAGAUCUCAUGGGGCUUGGAAACAGAGGACCGGAUCUAG